UGUCUGCUGCAAACUACUGCUAGCUAGUUAGCUAGUUAGUAACUCAUUACUCAUAGGGCAUAGGGCUUUCGUUUCUGUUUGGCUUACACCACGAAUACUAGCUAGAUACACUUACAAUUACAAUAUCUUCCAAAUCUUAAUCUUGUUCUUCCAUGAUCAGGAAAUGAAUCGGUCAUCAUUUUUGUGUCUGUGUGUUGCGGCACUAUGCUGUGGCUUCACAACUGCUCUACCACCACAAACGGCCCCUCCUAAAACAACCAACUAUGCGACAGCCUUGUUAGGAGAAGAAGAAUGUCUUGAUGGGCCAUCCUUCUGGUGCCAAAAUUUCACGACAUCGCGGAAGUGCAAUGCCAACCUGCAUUGUAUCCGCACUGUGUGGGAACACCAAGUUCCAGCCCCUGACAACGGAGAGAUUUGUGAUACCUGCAAGAAGAUGGUGGCUGAGGCUAGAGACCAGCUCCGCUCCAACGAGACUCAGGAGGACAUAAAACUGGUACUGGAAGGGUCUUGUAUGAUCCUCAUCCCCAUCAAACCGAUCGCCAAGGAGUGUGUAAGGUUGGUGGACCAGUCCAUUCCAGAGUUGAUAGAAGCUAUCAGCUCCCAGAUGAACCCUCAGAUGGUAUGUUCAGUAGCUGGACUCUGCAACAGUGUGGCAAUGGAAAAGAUGCUGGUCCAGUACAAGGUAUUCAACAGUCAAGCUCAGGAAGAACUAAUCAAUAAGAAACCUAAAUUGGACUGCCCUAACUGUGUGGGAGUUGUUGGUAAAAUGGAACAGAACUUCCGAGGAGCAAGCAGGGAUCAUGUGCUCAAUAUGAUGUUGGAGAUUUGUGGAGGGAUGGGCAGCUUCUCAGACAUGUGCUCUGCCUCUGUUAUUGUACAUUUCAAUGAGCUGUAUGAGCAGAUCGGAGACAGCUUCUCCUCUGAGGGAGUCUGUCACUUGGCUGGCGUGUGUCACCAAAGAUAUCACAACCACUCAAAGCAAGUGGAGAUCCAGCCAGUGACCAAGCUGAAUGAGGAUUUGACUUGUGAGUUCUGUGAACAGCUGGUACAGCACUUGCGAGACAUUCUCAUUGCCAACACGACUGAGAAGGAGUUUGAGCAAGUCCUUCUGGGAAUCUGUGGACAGACUAAAGCCUAUAAAAAGGAGUGUGUCAGUUUAGUGGAAACAUACUACCCAGUUGCUUAUUCCUUCUUGACUGAGGAGCUCGAUGGAAAAAAAUUGUGUACGCAAAUUGGUAUUUGCCCGAGAAGUGACUCUGUUGUUCCUCCUAUUUACCCAUUGCUGCCAAUUCAUGUAGCCAACACUUUGGAUAAAGAUUCCUCUUCAGGUCUCCAUAGAGUCCCACUGUCUUCUGCUAGUAUUUCAGUCAACACAGCUCCAGCCCAGCUGCCUCUAGACAGCCUGGUGGUCCUACCUCGCAACAAGGAGAUGUGUCAGAUGUGCGAGUACUUGCUUCACUUCUUGCAGAUCGAGCUCACCGAUCCCAUCAACGAAGAGACCAUCAUAAAGGAUGCGGAACUGGCAUGCAACAAACUACCAGAUCAGUUUGCCCCGGGCUGUCGUAGCUUUGUCGAUGCUUAUGCCAAAGCAGUCAUUGCCCUUCUAGCUCAAGACAUUGACCCUUCACAGAUCUGCCCCAAGAUUGGCGUGUGUCCAGGCUUCUCACAGUCUAGAGAUAGCUGCAUUCCCUGUCAAGCCACAGCUUCCCACUUUGUCAAUAGUGUUGGCUCCAACAACUCCAUGGCCAAUGUUAAGGAGCAGUUAAUGACUCUGUGUCUGACACUUCCAUUUGACACCAGUCGCCAUUGUAGUCGUCUUGUAUACCAGCACUGGGAGGAUUUGACUGACAUGGCUGUGGCAGAGUUCACUAGUGAUGAGAUGUGUCUCUACCUCAAGUACUGUCCUGCAAAAGACACACAUACCCAGGCUGUGUCUAGUGUUUCUGGUGGAGAUGUUGAAACCAAUGAAAUCCCAAAAGAUGGAAACAACAACGACCUGUGUGUAUUGUGUGAAUUUGUCAUGAAAACUAUUGAAAAGGACCUGCAGGAUAACAAAACUGAAGAGGAGAUUCGUCAAGUAGUUGAACAUGUCUGCUUUGUAAUGCCAUCCACUGUGAGACCCAAGUGCAAGAAGUUCAUUGACCAAUACUUGGACCUUAUUGUGACAUUGUUGGCCCAGUCAAUAGAUCCUCAACAAAUCUGUCAAAUGAUGAAUGUGUGCACUUCCUCGUCCCUCCCUCACUUUGACUACAUUCGCAAGUCACUGAACAAGUGUGUCGUUUGUGAAUCUCUGAUGGGAGCUCUACAAGGAGUCAUUGAAGACGGUAACGUUCAGAUGGACAUCAAUCAUAAUCUUGUGCUAGCCUGCAGUCACCUGCCUCAGAGUAUGCGUCGAGAGUGCCGGGAGAUGGUACAACAGUUGGCUCCUCAGAUGGAAGCAAUCCUGGGAGAAUUGCCCAUUGGUCCACUGGUGUGUCGCCAUCUACAGUUAUGUCAACUGAGCUCCCAGACAUUGGACAUUGUCAGCACUGACCGCUGCUCAGAGGGCCACACUUACUGGUGUGCCAGCACCAUGCAUGCUGCUGCCUGCCAGAAAAUUGAAUAUUGUCAGAGCAAGGUCUGGUUUGACAUCAAACCCAACAAGAAAGCAAAAAGAAGUGCCAAGAAGUUUGUUUUUUAGUUUAAUUUAGAGCUAUUUUGCCUAUGCCUACAUUGUUAUAUUUUUGUAUGCCAAAUAGAUACUAAUCAAUACGUCAAUACCCUUACCAAUAGUAGAGUUAAUUAUUUUGUGUUUGAUUUAAGGAUAAGUCUGAUUAUUGAAGGGUCUCUUGAAAUGAUCUGUGAUUUUAAUUAUAUGAAUUGCAGUGAUUCAAAUUCUGUAAGAAUGGAAUAACAAUUAUUAUAAAAAAUA